UCGCGCUGCGAGUGGUGCUAACGUUAGCCAGGGAGCUAAGAACCAUCCACACAAGUUUUGUUUUUAAAAGGGAAAAUGGUGCAAGAAACCAUACAGAUAUUUGCUCGCAUUAAGCCCGCGAGGAGGACCGCGGCGGUGUACAGUGUGGACAAUGAAGGGCAGACUGGGUCGUCUCUGGAGUUUGUGGUGCCCCGGGACAUGGCUGCAGGUUUUGUUAACAACAAGAGGGAGAGCUACAAGUUCAGAUUCCAAAAAGUGUUCAAUCAAGACAGCAAACAAGAGGAGAUAUUUGAAAAUAUUGCCAAACCAGUUGCAGAAAGUGCACUGGCUGGCUACAACGGGACAAUAUUUGCAUAUGGCCAGACAGGAAGUGGGAAGACCUUCACCAUCACAGGAGGGGCGGAGCGCUACAGUGACCGCGGCAUAAUUCCUCGCACCCUGUCCUACCUGUACAACCGCUUCAGCCAGGACACCAUGGUGUACACCACACACAUAUCCUAUCUGGAAAUCUACAACGAAAUGGGAUAUGACCUUCUGGACUCACGACACGAGGCGUCUAGACUGGAAGACCUGCAAAGAGUAAUGAUUAUGGAGGAUGCAGACCAGAACAUCCACCUCAGAAACCUGUCUCUGCAGCAGUCUGCAAACGAAGAGGAGGCCCUGAAUCUACUCUUCCUGGGUGACACCAACCGUAUGAUUGCGGAAACUCCCACGAAUCAGGCAUCCACUCGUUCCCACUGCGUUUUCACCGUGCACUUAUGCAGGCGUGAGCCGGGCUCAGCCACCGUCCGCCGAUCCAAACUCCACCUGGUGGACCUGGCUGGGUCAGACAGAGUUAGCAAAACUGGUCUGAAUGGGGUUCUGCUCACUGAGGCCAAGUACAUCAACCUGUCGCUCCACCACUUGGAGCAGGUGAUCAUAGCGCUGUCAGAGAAGAAUCGCUCCCAUAUCCCAUACAGAAACUCCAUGUUAACGUCCUUGCUGAGGGACAGCCUCGGAGGCAACUGCAUGACCACCAUGAUUGCUAACAUUGCAGUGGAAAAAAGGAACCUUGAUGAGUCCAUCUCUACGUGCCGCUUUGCUCAGCGCGUGGCUCUCAUCAAGAAUGAGGCGGUAUUGAAUGAAGAACUGGAUCCUGCGUUGUUGAUAGCACGUUUGAAAAGGGAGAUCCAGUCGCUGAGUGAAGAGCUGGCAAUGGUGACAGGAGUGCAGAGAGACGGACAGCUAACUGCAGAGGAGACCUGCAAGUUGGAAGAGUUAGUCAAGACUUAUCUAGAUGACCCUGAUCCAGAUGUGACACUGUCUUUGGGAAGCGACAUGAGAAAAAUCCAGCAUUGUUUCUCCCUGUUGAAGAUGAGGAUUUUGAAAAAACAGGUUGAUAAAAUUUGGCGCGCUGACCAAGGAUGUUCACCUCCGGUCACAGUCAGAGAGGAAAGUUCACCAGUCAGCCACAUCAGUCCAGCAGAAGUCGCAAAAUUAAAGGAGAUGCUUCGGCAGCGUGACAAUGAGAUCAGUAUUCUAGUGAAGAUAUUGAAGAAGGAGAAGAAAAGGGCUGAUGAUGCUGCUGCUCAGAUGGCUGGCAUCAAUAAUAGCCAUAGCUUGUCAUCUCAGAUGGUUUCGAUCAAGUCUGAAGUGUCACAGUUGAGAGAGGAAAACAUUCUAUCAAACCACGGAGGACAAGUUUCAACACUGUUUCACUUUAGACAUGGAAACAUGGAAACGCUUUCACUGAAGCAUGAGGGACAAGUAUUCACAAUGGCAGAGUUAAGAGAGGGAAACGUGGAAUGCCAUCAAGCAGACUAUGAAGACAAAAUCUCCACUAUGGGACAGCUAAGAGAUGGAAACAUGAAAAACCAACCGGCCGACCAUCGAGGACGAACAUCCACAAUACCACAGAUGAGAGAGGAAACCCAUCCAAAGAAGUACAGAGGACAAGUUUUCACAACGGCUCAGUUGCAAGAGGGAAACAUGUACAGCCUUCUAGCAGACCACAGUGGAAGAGUUUCUAGACCACCACAGAUGAUGAGAGAAGGGAACAUGGAAACUCAUCCAGAGAACCAUGGAGGACGGAUAUCCACAAUACCACAGAUGAUGAGAGAAGAGAACGUGGAAACCUACCCAGAGAACCAUGGAGGACGAGCUAUACAGUACAUGAAAAGAGGUCCACAGCUUUCUCUGGGAAAACAAGAGGCCUUUGAGAUCUUCAUAAGAGACCACGGGGAGCAUCCAACCAUAGAAGACAACAAGAAAUUACUCAAGCAGAGAUCAGCUGAAGCCAAAGGACUCGGGGAGCAGCUGAAUACAGCCAGAAACAGAAUCAAUGAGUUGAAGACCCAGUUGGACACGAGGAGGAGACAGAACGCGGCUCAAGGUGUCCUGGGGGAUCAGACACAGGCUGAGAAAGAGUUCGACGUUGUAGAAGAAAACCUUCGGAAACAAAUGAAGGAAGAAAAAGCUGCUUUCAAGAGCGCCAUUGAUCGACUGAAAGCGUUGAAAACAGAGAUGGAGCAUUUGCAGCUGUUGUUGGAGAGGGUCAAGUUCAAGAUCCAGAAGGAUUUCCAGAAGUGGUGGAACCACGAGACCUCUAAUCUGCAGGAAUCUGAAUCAGGAGCGACAGCUGGAUUUCACACACCUUCUCCAAGUGGAGCCUUGCAGACACCUCCCUGUCCAGGACCGUGUGCUGCUGGUCUGAUCGGUGUUGUGAACGAGGGUCCAGCAGACCGAGACAUGAAACCACAUCGUUACAACUCUCCUGCUCAAGAAAUGAGAAGCGUAGCUCCGAUACCGGCUGUGUCAGCCUGGAUUAACACGUCUACCAACGGGCACAUGACCAACUCUAACUCUUCUUCAGAGCAGAGCACACUCGCAUACUCCUCUGUUCCUCUGACUGGAGACCAUCAAGUGGACGCUGACAUCCAGGCUUUUGUCAGAGCUCGGCAAAACCUCCUCAGCAGGACAGGCCUCCCUCAGCAGAUCAAUGAAGUGCUGAGGUCUCGGGACGUCAGAGGACAGAGAGCACCUCCACAAGCCAGGCAGCCCUCAGAUGUGUUUGACUGUGAUGGUUUUGGUGUGGAAGCUCGCCCCCUUCUCUUCACCGUCUACACCACCUUCCUGGGCCAUAUUCAUUUAGCUGGGGAGUGGUAG